UUUUUGCUUUUCGUAAGAGUAAAAUAUUCAAAUAUUACUUUCAAUUUAUUUUAGUCAAGCAGCAGAUGAUCAAUUAAAUAAGAGAUUUGAAAGUAGAAGUUGUAAACUUCUUGGAUAUGCGUCUCUAUGUAUGUUUCAGGAUAUUUUCAGUGCUGGUGGCGAGACUUCAUCAACAGCCAUGGAGUGGGCAAUUGGUGAAAUGAUUAAAAAUCCGGAAAUUACGAAAAGGGCACAACAUGAGGUGAGAAGUAUAUACAAUGACAAAGGGAAUGUUGAUGAAUCACGCCUUCAUGAGCUCAAAUACUUGCAUGCAAUCAUUAAAGAAACUCUGAGGCUUCACCCAAGUGCUCCACUAUUGUUGACAAGAGAAUGUGGUCAGCAAUGCAAAAUCAAUGGUUAUGACAUACCAGCCAAGGUAGACAUAAUCGUUAAUGCAUGGGCAAUUGGAAGAGAUCCCAAAUAUUGGAUUGAAGCAGAGAAAUUUAAUCCUUCGAGAUUUCUUGAUUCAGAAAUUGAUUACAAAGGGAAUAAUUUUGAGUACAUCCCAUUUGGUGCUGGAAGAAGGAUUUGUCCCGGCAUAUCGACUCUGUUUGUAUUAGCUGUUUUUGGAGUGAUUGAGUUGGCACUUGCACAGUUGUUGUUCCAUUUUGAUUGGAAGCUCCCUGGUGAACUUAAGCCACAAGAAUUUGACAUGGCUGAGAACCUAGGCUGGACAAUCAGACCGAAAAAUGAUAUCCAGUUUAUUCCAAUUCCUUAG